AUGGGAGAAACUAGCUCUAGCACUCGGAAUCUUCCCCUCAGAUCAAUAACGAGGGAAGGACAAAGGGAUAAAACUUUACAAGGCAUCUCUGUCAAGUGCUCGUCAAACUGCAAAGACAUGAAUGCCCCUGACCGAUAUGAGCGAUUUGUUGUCCCUGAGGGUGUUGCCAAGGUUUCAUAUGAGAGAGACACCAAGAUUAUCAAUGCGGCUUCAUUUACCAUCGAGCGUGAGGACCACACCAUCGGAAACAUAGUCCGCAUGCAAUUACACAGGGACGAGAAUGUACUCUUUGCUGGCUACAAGUUGCCUCACCCCCUUAAGUACAAAAUCAUUAUUAGGAUUCACACUACCAGCCAAUCUUCACCUAUGCAGGCAUACAAUCAGGCUAUCAACGAUCUGGAUAAGGAGCUUGAUCAUCUGAAAAAUGCAUUUGAGGCUGAUUUGUUGAGGCACACUGGGAGCCAGUCGAGGCAGUAUUAA